AGAUUUGCUGGGGCAGAGCUUUGAUGCAGGGCUCUCUAACCAUCAGCCCUUUGCAGUUCAUCAGGUGGCAGAGCGUGUGGAGGCACUGGGCCAGUUCGUGAUGAAGACCAGGAGGACUCUGAAGGGUCAUGGAAAUAAAGUGCUCUGUAUGGACUGGUGCAAAGACAAGAGAAGAAUUGUGAGCUCUUCCCAGGAUGGGAAGGUGAUUGUGUGGGAUUCCUUCACUACCAAUAAGGAACAUGCAGUGACGAUGCCGUGUACCUGGGUGAUGGCGUGUGCAUAUGCCCCGUCUGGAUGUGCCAUUGCUUGUGGUGGCCUGGACAACAAGUGUUCUGUGUACCCUCUGACAUUUGACAAAAAUGAAAAUAUGGCCGCAAAGAAGAAAUCGGUUGCAAUGCACACAAACUACUUGUCUGCCUGCAGCUUCACUAACUCAGACAUGCAGAUCCUGACAGCAAGUGGAGAUGGAACUUGUGCUCUGUGGGAUGUUGAGAGUGGGCAGCUUCUACAGAGUUUCCAUGGUCAUGGAGCUGAUGUCCUGUGCCUGGACCUGGCCCCUUCUGAAACGGGAAAUACAUUUGUCUCUGGGGGAUGUGACAAGAAAGCCAUGGUUUGGGAUAUGCGGUCCGGUCAGUGCAUCCAGUCAUUUGAAACCCAUGAUUCAGAUAUCAACAGUGUCAGAUAUUACCCAAGUGGAGAUGCUUUUGCCUCUGGUUCAGAUGAUGCCACGUGUCGUUUAUAUGACCUUCGUGCAGACAGAGAAGUAGCAAUUUAUUCCAAAGAGAGCAUCAUUUUUGGAGCAUCCAGUGUGGACUUCUCUCUCAGCGGUCGCCUACUGUUUGCAGGCUAUAAUGAUUACACCAUAAAUGUCUGGGAUGUGCUGAAAGGGUCCCGUGUAUCCAUUCUGUUUGGGCACGAAAAUCGUGUCAGCACCUUGCGGGUCUCUCCUGAUGGGACAGCGUUCUGCUCGGGCUCCUGGGACCACACUCUCCGAAUCUGGGCUUAACCUGAGAUCCUGUAUACAGAAUCAAAUGAAGACCGAAACCCUGGACUACAAAAACUGCAUAAAAAAGCCACCCCUCAAAAUCAAAUAUUCGCUACACUACAAAAGAGUGACACUGAACCCACAGAUUAACACAGCUAGGUAGAAAAUGUAAUCUGCUUGGACACAUAGCAAACAUCAACUCGUAGUACAAUGAAAUGUUUUUAAUUCUGUUUUAGAACUAUCCUAUUUUAUUAGAACUAGUUUAGAUAACUGUAAAGGGACUUUUCUCUGAAGUCAUAUCUCUCUGUAUCAUAGAAUUGAGUAUUUCAGUGCACAUUAUGUAUUUAUUUGCAUGAAUUGAGUUCCUUUUUAAAAGAAAAAAAAAGAAAAAGAGAUUCCUGAUUUUAUCAGGAUGUAGCAUAAGACUUUGGAAACAUUCUGUAGUAGUGCGUUGAAUUUUGGUGUUGAAAAGUGGAAAGAAAAACAAUUCUGAUACUUUAUGAUGGCGUUAUGGAUGACUGAACCUUGGUAUUAGGUGGAGGAGCAAAGGACCUACUGUGAAGGUACUGUCUGUUGCCAUAAAAAUGUAUUUUUUGUACAGAAAAGGAAUCCUUUCAAUCCCUGUUUUUUCCUCCCAUCUUUUUAGAUAAAAUAAGUAUUUCAUCUCUGUUACCUGAAUAUAAAGAAUCUAAAUAUAUACAAACUGAUAAUCUGCAAAGAGGAGGGAUAUAAACAUGAUUUACGUAAUCAUGAGGUAAUACUUAACCAGUAGUUUCUUAGAAAUUUUUAAUUGUAUCACUUGGUGAGUGAAUUUUCUUUUACUUAAAGGAAUACUACAUGCUAAGCACUAAGCACCGUUAUACUGAUGGUCAGAUCUUUUCCAAGUCAGCCACAGUCAUUCUACGAUCAUGAUUCUUACUUGCAUUUUGGGCAGUUCACACCAUGUCGGCAGGGCAAUGUCGCUGAAACGCCUAUUGAGGCAGUAUGUGCCCAUCUUGAGGUCCUCCUGCAGUGUCAGAGGAGGGUGAGUUCAUGCAAACGCGAGUUGACCCUUACAAGCCAGACCAUACCGUCCUUGCUCUGAACGGCAGCUUCCUGCUGGCUGGGCGUAGUUCAGGCGUACCUGGGCUUGAGAGCGAACGACAGUGAGUUGUUGGACACCUGCUGUGAGCCGCAGUCCUGCC